GACAACCAGGGAGCGUUCGUCCACACACACUGAGCUCCGAUUUGGUGGACCACCGCGGCACGGAGCCUGUGCUGGCUGCAGAAUGGGUCCCAAAGCAAAAAAGUCUGGCAAGAAGAAGAGGAAAAUCACCAAAGCUGAACGAUUAAAGCAGCUACAAGAAGAGGAGGAAAGACGGCAAAAAGAGGAAGAGGAAGCCCGUGUGAAAUAUGAAAAAGAAGAAAUGGAAAGGCUUGAAAUACAACGGAUUGAGAAAGAAAAAUGGCAUCAACUUGAAGCAAAAGAUCUAGAAAGGAGAAAUGAAGAACUUGAAGAACUUUGUUUAUUAGAAGGGUGUUUUCCUGAAGCAGAAAAAUUGAAACGAGAUACUAGAUUGCUUUCUCAGUGGAAACACUACAUUCAAUGUGAUGGGAGUCCUGAUCCUUCAAUAUCCCCAGAAAUUAAUACUUUCAUUAGCUUGUGGAAAGAGGAAACAAAUGAGACACUUGAGGAAGUGAUUGCAAAAAGCAAACUAGUGCUAAAGUUAAUUGAGAAAUUGAAAUUAAUUUUACUGGAAACGCCACCAUAUGAUUUGGAAGAUAAAAAUAUAAAACAGUACCAAGGAUCAAUUCUAGAACUCCAGGAGCUCCUUCAUCUUAAGUUUAACAUAGCCACAGAAAUACUUCUCAGACAGGCUAGUACAUUAGCAGAUCUGGACAGUGGAAAUAUGGAAAAAGUCAUUCAAGAUGAAAAUGUUACUCUAUAUGUGUGGGCAAACCUCAAGAAGAAUCCAAGGUACAAAAGUGUCAGAUUCUCUGAAACACAAAUUGGAUUUGAAAUUCCAAGGAUUUUGGCAACAAGUGACAUUGCUCUCCGCCUCCUACAUACUCACUAUGACCAUGUCACACCACUGCGCCCUGUUCCAACAUCAUUACGAGAAUAUACUGCCACAGUCAAUCACUUGGUCAAGGAUGAAGUUAAGUAUGAAGAAACAGCAGUCGACAAAGAGCUCCAGGAAGAGGGUAAACAACAAGAAAAUGAGUCUAACUCUGUUCAUGAAGAAGAAACAAAAUUUGAAGAACAAAGUGGUAGUGAAGUACAAACGAGUUUUGUCCGGGAAGAAUCUGAAGCCACAAAAUGUGAACUGGAGAUGAAAUUAUUAAGUGAAACAGUCUUAUCAGCACAAUUUUUGCUGAUAAAGAAUGCUAAUGAAAAGCCAUAUAUCUUUGAAGACAAUGAGGUUGAUUUAUGCCAAUUCACAACCCUCGGUGGAGUGUACCACUUGGAUAUUUUGGAGCUUCCCCCGCAGUGUAAACCAACGAAAGGCUGGAUGAUUGUGGAAAUACUCAAAGAAGGAUUGCAGAAAUAUAUAUAUCCUCCAGAAACUACGGAAGACGUUGAAACAGAAAGUGCUUUCCCACCCAUAGAGGUGACACUUGAGGUUCAGGAGAAUGUAAUCUUGUUUGAGGACCCUAUGGUUGCAAGGUGGGAUGCUGAAGGUAAACAUUGGCAAACUGAUGGCAUCAGCAAUGUCUCUUACAAACCAGAAGACAGACUUGUAACAUUCAGCCUAGAAACGCUUGGCCCUGUUACCUUGAUUCAGGAUGCUCAUAUUAACAUGCCCUUCCAGUCAUGGGAACUAACACCACUUGAUGUGGAUCAAGUACUUUUGACUGUGACUACAGUAUUUACUACGAUUCAAAUACAAAUUAAGGAAAACCUCUGCCUGUUAGCGUCAAUCACACUAAGUAACAAAAAGCAUUUCUCUAUUUUGGAAGGAAAAUGGAUGACUCCUAUUUCUUUCAUUUGUGCUUUGAAAGAAGCUGGAUUGAAUAUCUUCCCUAGUGAACACUCUCAUUUUUAUGUUGUUAUAAAUUAUAAGGAUCCUUUGAUAGAAAUGAAAGCUUAUCGGCAGCUGGCCCUGCUAAGUUCCGCUUUUGCAUUUGGCUGGAGCAAGUGGAAUAUAGUAUGUAGUUCAAAUAAAGUUAUAGUUAAGCUGAAGGAACACCUUAGUGAAAAACCUAUUCAGAAACCUAAUUGGACCCUUUUAAUGUUUAGUGGUGACAGAGCACAAAGGCUCAAGAUCAAUGAAAACAGUGAGACAUUCUCUGAAGCCCUUAAAGAAGAAACUGAGUUUCAUUCUACUUUAUAUCACAUGGUUAAGGAUUUUGCUUCCCAAAAAGCCAUGGAAAAAGUUAGGAGCUCCAGCUGCCAGCUGAUUGACUCUGUGUGCUAUAUGCUACUCUCGACCAGAGUGCUCAGCUAUUCUUAAUCCCCGCUGACAGAUUUUAUGCAGUAUGAAAAGUCAAGCAACCCAGAGCAAAAUCAGGCAUUUCUUCAAAAGCAAUGUAAUGAGUGACUGUAUUUCAAAAGGUUAUUAAAAUCUAAUAAGCAUUUUGUACUCAAGUUUUAUUUUUUAAAAAGUGGGUUUUUUUCUUAUGAAUAUUUGGCCCACUGAAAUGUUCACAUUUUACUCUAUUUGAAUAAAUUUUAAUAAGCAAUAUGGAAUAUCUCCUCCUCAAAAAGCUCACUAAAAACCAUAAGCAGGCUUCUUCACUAUUGUAUUUUAGUCAGAGAGGAACUCACAGAAAGAAGGGAUGUAAAAUAUCUUGCAGUCCUUCUGAGACCCUGUGGUUCAACGCUAUAAUUUCCCAGCUAAAAAUCACUAAUUUACAAAGUUCAGAUACCAAAACUUUAAAAAUCAAGACACAUACAUUAAGAUGCGCUAAGUCACACUGGUGGUGGUCCAUUGUGUUGGAGUCUGGUGAAUGGCCACAAGAUUUGCUCUAGAGACAUCCAGGAGUCGCCAUCUGGUAUGGGAGCAGCAUCCACAGACUUCUGGAAGAAUCGUCCUGUGAGGAAGCUCAUCAAAGCCGCAAACAGCACAAUGAAUGCAGCAGAAAGCCAGAGUGCCUUAUUCGCCUUUCUGAAGGAAGUCUUGAGGUUUGUUGCGCAGGCAGCUACUGUGUCAUAACUGUAAGGAAAAUACAAAUUCAGAAUUUGGCAAUAGCAACAUUUUGUUUUGCUAUUUGUAGUGUUGGCUCCUUUUGCCAGCAGUACCAGACAAGUCGUCACUCUGCCCUACCUACCACAAACACUGCCUGGCAAUAAGCUACGUAAUGUGACCUGCUGUCUUGGUUUGGCCCACAAUUUGCCCCACUUCCACCCCAAUAAUUUUUAGAAUUAGAGAAAUGACUUAAAGUUAAGAAAUGCUAUGGUGAUGAUCUGAAAAUUAGGUGACUCGGCCAUUAUUUAACUCCUAACAAGAACAUGUGAGUAUCUCAUUAUUUCAGUCAGGUAAGGCAACUAACAUUUUUUUUUUU